AGGAACGCCACAGACAAUCGCUGAACAUGCAUGGAUACCGGGGACAAUGAUUGAUGGCAGAGAUCCGACAAAAGCCCGACUGAUGUCAAGUUCAAUGGAGCCGACCACGACAUUACCAGGCAGAUUCGGCAAAUUCCACCCGGGCGGCAAGAGGACCCUGCAACGAUUUGCGGGCCGCGACGUUUCGGAGACAUUGGAGCGGACUAACCACUCGCCGGCUGCUCUCAAACUUGUGCCAGAGUAUAGAGUGCAAGACAAGCUGAAUGUCGAUCCCAUAGAUACUGAAGAUUUGGAACGAGAUGUGAUCGACUGGUCGCAACCUCUGCUGAUGCAGGUGGGCUACCUAGGAGACAACUACCAGGCGUGGCUGCUAGCUCCAGUGGACCGCAACUUGCGCCUGUUCCAGUCCGACCUCCUCGAGUCUCUGACCGUUGUCUCGCCCCGCACUGCACUCCUGCUUGGGCUGGUGCGUGGGCCUGUGCGUGUGGCCCUAGUCGAGUACAGCAUCCACCGCUGGCUGUUCCACGCAUGCCCGCCGUCCGCCUCACGGCUACUCAUCACGCUGCACUUCGGCGUACACGGCCUCCAUCACAAGGCUCCCUUCGACACGCGUCGCCUGCUCUUUCCGCCCGCGCCGGCGCUCUCUCUUGCCGCCUUGGCGUACCUGGCGGUGCGGGCGGCGCUUUCCGCCUCCUUGGCGGCGGCGGUAGCCGCCCCCCUGGCCACGGCUGUACUGGCGGGCGCCCUCACCGGCUUCCUCGGCUACGAUCUUACGCACUUCUAUCUGCAUACGGAUCGCCCGCACCGGGGUCAGAUGUACCGCCUUAAGCGACGCCAUAACCAGCAUCAUUUCGCCCAGUUUGAUCGCGGCUAUGGGAUAAGCAGCAGUUUCUGGGACCAUGUCUUCAAAACUGGGAUCACACUCAAAGACAUCAAAUUUGAACUGAGAUGGUGAAUUACAAAGUUCUUCUCACUCUAAGAUUCAACAGAAAUAUCACAAAUUGUUCCAUUGUUUUUUAUGUAGUCUAUACUGAUAAUCUCUGUAUAUAAUAAUUAUUAGUGAAUUCAGUAUUCCUACCUUCAAGAACAGUGAAAAAAAUAUUCAGAUCCUCACAAAAUAGAACAGAGUAAAUAAAGUUAUAAUACAAAAGUUGUUGAACUAA